UUGGUUUUUUAAAUUAUUGACAAUAAUUUUGUUUUAAAAUCAAAACCUUUUUAGUUUUUGUUCCAUUAUAAUAAUUAUUUAAUUUAAAUAUUAGUGAACUCAUCAUUAAACUAUACAACUCACUUCACUCACAGAUUAAGUAAUCUUUAUUUUCCUCCAGUUUUCUAAAAUCGUUAGCAACACUUUAAACUGAAAACGUGUUUAGUAGCAAACAACUCACAUAAGUAGUUUUAAGUUUGUUUCGGUUUUCUUUUUGUGUCUAUGAAAUGAGCGAAUUUCGUCAACUUGGAUUGAGUGAUUGGUUAGUGAAAAGACUCGCUUCUCUUAGUAUAAAAAAGCCCUCUGCUAUUCAGAAGGCGGUUAUACCAGUGUUGUUAAAGGAACGUCGUAAUAUAUUUGGUUGCUCGCAGACAGGAACAGGUAAAACAUUGGCGUAUGUUUUACCCAUUCUGGAACGCUUGGUAGUAGAUCCUAGGCCAUAUUUCGCUCUUAUAUUAGCCCCUACUCGUGAAUUAGCUCAUCAAAUUCAUGAUGUCAUCACUGUUCUUGCUGGACCAAAAAGUAAAACUGCAAAUGCUUUGGUCACAAGUCUACUCAUCAUUGGCGGGGGAAACUACGGAGUAGAAAAUGCUAGUGAAGAUGUUCAAGGUUUAUGGCUAGGUAAACCCAACAUUAUCGUAGCUACUCCUGGAAGGUUUCUGGAUCAAAUAAUAAACCGCAAUUAUCUAGAUGUAUGUGGCUCCAAGCGAAGUUUUAAAUUUGAAAUACUUGUUAUGGAUGAAGGAGAUCAGCUGAUUACACCGGGAUUUUGCACGCAACUAAAGGAUCUUUUGAACUGGAUUGAUUGUAAAGAAGUUGGAAAUAAACGACGACAAACUGUUGUGCUCAGUGCAUCAUUGACACCAGCAUUAGAGGCACUUAAACAAGUUCUGGCCGAGAAAGAUGAAAGCAAUCAACCAAUUGUCAUCGAUCUGUUACCUACAAUCGAUAGCAUCAAAAAAGAAUUAUCAACUAAUCCUUACCUUGAUCAAAGGUAUUUCUUGUGUCCUUCAAACGUCAAAGCUGCCUUUUUGGUUGAAGCGCUAUUAGAUUUGGAUUUCAAACAGUUAAUCAUCUUCUGUGGAACUAAAAGAGAGGCAAAAUUGAUUCAUAAAAUUUUGAUAACAUUAGGUUUCGCUGGUAAAGAUUUCAACCUAAAUCCAGUUUUAUUGAAUUCAGAUCUGAAACAAGCAUUAAGGUUCGCUGCUAUCGAUAAAUUUAAAUCUUUGAAAUCUAGAAUCUUAGUGACAACAGAUUUGGCUAGUCGUGGACUUGAUCUACCUCUUGUCGACCUUAUUAUAAACUACAACUGUCCAAAAUCAGCUAUAAGUUAUGUUCAUCGAGUUGGUAGAACCUGUCGUAAACCACAUUUAAAUUCAUCAAUAAGUUUACCUGUACCUGAACUGAUGGAAGAAACUUUGCCAACAAAAACAACAGAAGAAACCUCUUCAACAAGUGAAUCUAACUUGGAUCCUGAAAAAUUCCUGACACCCCGACCUACUAAAAGUCAACAUAAGUAUCUUGGCAAAGCGAUUACCCUGGUCAGUCAAUAUGACAUCAAAUUGUUGAAAAACAUAGAAUCAUUCAUUGGUAUUCGAAUGGAGCAAGAAGAGGCAAUAGAUGAAGAACAUUGUAAUGAAAUUCUUAAACAAGUGACAUAUGCAGUUAAAGACGCUGAAAUUGCCAUCGAAAAAGAAAUGAAUGAAUUAGCCGAAGUUAAAGGAGUUGACCUCGAAAGUAAACAAAAGAAGAGAAAAAGUGAGAUGAAUAAGCAAAUUGGAAAGGUAAAAAAAUGAAAUCAAUGAUCGCUUAAUUGAGUAAAUUUAGUAUUCCAUCGAUAAUACUAAUAUUUUUUUGACCAAUGUCUUAUAAUGUUAUUGAAAUAAAGUAACCUAUGAUUUGUAACCUCUAAAA